AUGUCUGCCCCCGCUGUGAGCAAAGCUCCCCCCAAGCUCGGCUCAAAGGCCGGCACUCCUGCCAAGCUUCGCAAAGGCUCUGGAUCCAGCGCCGCAUCCAAGCCCUCCAGUCUCCAAGUCCUUGAAGAAGACCCCCGCGAAGAAGCUUACUCCAAGGCUCCCCAGCCUAUCGACGACGACGAAGAUGAACAAUCUAUUCCCGAAACUCCCUCUCCCAAGUCCAAGAAGAAGACCGCUGCUUCUGAGCAGCGCCGACCUAUCUCACCUCCCGACGAUGCCGUCUCCCAAGCUUCUGGUUCUGCUGCCCCUCUGGGUAAGGCCAAAGGAUCCGCUCAAAAGGCCAAAGAUAGCGUCAGCCAGAGCGCAGAGACUCUCAAGAACAACCUCCCCAGCGUCCCCUUGAAUUUGGCCUCUUUGAAGGGUCUUGUUGUUUCCGAUGGUGGCCAGAUACUUGGCAAGGAAGGUCACCCCGUCGGACAAGUUGUCGAGGGUGACCCCGAGGAUCUUGCUGGCCAGACCGUUGGCGAUGAUGGGGAGAUCGUCGACGAGGAUGGAGACCUGAUCGGUCGCGUGGAUAUCCUCCACGACGUCGCUGAGCAGGCUCAGAACCUUCCUGAAGACGCGCAAUCUAAGGCCAAUGGGAUUCCCGAGGAUGCGCAGGCUAAAAUCGGCGAGCUGCAAGACCAGGUUGCCACUGACCUCGCUCAACUCGAAGGCUUGCCUGUUUCCGAUGGUGGAGUUAUCAAGAAUGCUGCUGGCCAGAUUGUUGGUAAGAUCACUGAGGGAGACCCCGAGGAUCUCAUUGGUUACACUUUAAACGACGAUGGUGAGGUUGUUGAUGAUGACGGCGAUGCCAUUGGUCGCGUUGAGCUUGUUCCUGUUGAGGAGCAAAAGAAGGCCAUCGAGGAGGCUCUUGGCGGUGCUACUGAGCAGAUCAAUGACGUCAAGGAGGAUGCCGAGGAUAACCUUGACGUCGAUGAGUCUAAGGAUGCUGUGAAUGAUGCCGCCGAUGUCGAUGCCGAUGAUGCCGUCGAGGGUGUCAAGGACACUGCCGAGGAAGGUGUCAAUCAGGCUGAAGACGCCGCUGGUGAGGCUAAGGACGGUGCCCCAGAGGUCGAUGCCGAUGAGGUCAAGGAGACCGGCGAGGGUGCUGUUGAAGGUGCCCAAGACGCUGCCGAUGAUAUCAAGGAGGCCGGCGAAGGCGCCGUUGAAGACGCCCAAGACGCCGCCGACGAUGUCGAGGCCCGCGUCCCUGAUAUCAACACCCUCGAGGGUCUCGCCUGUAACAAGCGUGGAUUCGUCAUCGACCAGGCGACCGGCAAGCCCGUCGGCGAGCUCAUCGAAGGUGAUCCCAAGAAGAUCUCCCGCCUUGGAGCUACCCUUGAUGACAAGGGGCAGUUCUGGGAUAACAAGGGCAACGUACUCGGCAAGGUCAAGGCACUCCCGGUCGAAGACGACAAUGAUGAGGAGGGUCCUUUCGCCGGCCUUGAAGGCCUCGUUGUCGUCCAAGACGGCUGGGUUGAGGACGAGAACGGCGCUCGUGUGGGCCAGCUCGUUGAAGGAGACGCUAAGAAGCUCCUCGGUCGCGGCGUGGAUGAGGAUGGCGAAGUCCUUGACCGCCACGGCAGUGUUAUCGGUCGUGCCGAGCGCUAUGAGGAGCCUGAGCCGGAAGAGGAGGCUGGUCCUGAUCUUUCAGUCCUGAACGGUCUUUCCUGCAACAAGGCGGGCUAUGUCAUUGGUCCAGAGGGCUUCCCAAUUGCUCGUGUUGUUGAAGGUAACCCCAAGGAGCUCGUUGGCAAGAAGAUUGAAGAUGGCGAGAUCUACGAUGGUAAGAAGGUUAUCGGUCGUGUUGAGCUCAUCCCCGAGGACGAGCUCGAGAGCACGCCUGAGGGUCCAUUCGCUGGCAUGGACAGCCUUUUCGUGAACAAGGAUGGCUUCGUCGAAGAUGACGAGGGUUCCAUUGUUGGUAAACUUGUUGAAGGUGACCCCAAGAAGCUCCGUGGUCGCGCCGUUGACGAAGAUGGCGAGAUCACCGACAAGUAUGGCAACGUCAAGGGCCGUGCUGAGCCCUACGAGCCUCCGGAGGAAGAGGCUCCCGCCGAGGUCGACCUCUCCGUUCUUGAAGGCAAGGUUGUCAACAAGUCGGGCAAGGUCGUUGACCCUGCCACCGGCGCCGUUUUCGGCCGCGUUGUCGAGGGUGGAAAGGGCCUUGCGGGUCGCAAGGUUGAUGCCAAGGGCCAGAUCUGGGGUGACAACGGUCAAGUCAUCGGCCGUGCCGAGCUCAUCCCCGGCGCUGAGGAAGAAAAGGCUGAGGGUCCCUUCUACGGAUUUGACAACGCCGUUGUUGGCAAGGAUGGUGUUGUCAUGUCCGGCGAACAGAUCAUUGGUCGUUUGAUCGAAGGCGAUGCCAAGCGCCUUGUUGGACGCGCCGUCGAUGAGGAUGGUGACAUUGCCGACAAGAACGGCAACACCGUCGGCAAGGCCGAGCGCUGGGAGCCCGAGGAGAAGAAGCGGGAUGUCAACCCUAUGUCUGGCCGUAAGGUCAACAAGCAAGGUGAAGUCUACGAUGCUGAUGGAGAGCUCAUUGGCAAGCUGACCGAUGGCAACCUCGCUACUCUCAUCGGUAAGACCAUCGAUGACAACGGCUAUGUUGUUGACAACGAUGGUAAUCGCAUUGGCGAGUGCACUUUGCUUGAGAACAUUCCCGAGCCUGAGCCUGAGGAGCCUGAAGAGGAGGGUCCCACUGCUGAGGAGCAGGAGGCCGCUGCUAAGGCUGAACAGGACCGCCAGCUGGCUGAACGUAUGGGCCACAUCCUGCGCCAGACCCUGGAGCAGGUCAAGCCUGUUUGUAAGAUGAUCGAAGAGAAACUCGCCUCUGCUGAGCGCAAGCCUAAGGAGGAGCUUGAUGAGGAGAAGCUCGUCAAGGAUGUGAAGCCCCUCCUCGAGGAGGGAGGCCGUAUGCUCCAGGAGUGCAAUGGCUCGAUCCGUGGCCUUGAUCCCGAUGGACGCAUCGCCGCCACAGCCAAAGCGCGCGCCCAGACACGCGAAGCCACCCCCGAGGAGUACCAGCUCGCUGAGCUGCUCAAAGAGUUGACCGAGACUGUGGUCAAGACCAUCGACAACGGCAAGAAGGCCAUCGCCGACAUGCCCCAUGCCAAGAAGAAGUUGAACCCCCUCUUCGCUCUCCUCUCCGAGCCUCUGUUCCAGAUCAUCGCUGCUGUUGGCUUGCUCCUUAGCGGUGUCCUUGGCUUGGUUGGUCGUCUUCUUGAUGGCCUUGGUCUCGGCGGUUUGUUGAAAGGUAUCCUCGGUGGCCUUGGUCUUGACAAAUUGAUCGAUGGCCUUGGUCUCGGUAGCUUGACUAGUGCUCUUGGACUUGGUGGAAAAUAA